ACAAAAGUCCCCCAAUAUGCAAUUUUGAAUACAUUCUUUUGAAUUUUCAAUAUAUUAUUAAAAAAUAAAACGAUGAUAAAACUAUUCUAUUUUUUUAGGUUAAUUUAAGAAGGAUUCUAUGUUUUAUUCAAAAUACAAUGUUUACAAUUUGUUUACUUCUUAAUCUCUUGUCUUAAUAAUGGAACGGUGUUACUUAGCUUGAUUAAUUAAGUGAUAAACAAUUCACAAUUAUGAUUUCCACAACACUUACCCCCAUACUCUAACAUCAGUAUUUAUCAAAUAUAAUUAUUUUUUUAAUUUAACUUCUUUGAUAAACAACAAACCAUUUUUUUUAUUGGAAAUUAUAUUAAUAUUAUUUUACUUUGAUUAAUUGAUUUUAACACCUGUACAUUUUCUUAUGUACACAACAAAUCCCCAAAAGGAAAUUAAAACAACUAACAAUAUAACUGCUUUCAAAUUUUACAUUUUAUAGGUAUAGAAUAAUAUGAGUGCCCAGCAUGAACAUACAAGAAAUCUAGAGAAAUUAUGCAGAGUGUGUGGCAAUGCUAUCCGAAAAUGGAAAAACAAAAGCAAAAAAAAUAAAAGAUGCAGUGCUUACUCAGAAAAGAUACAAGUAAAAUAUGGAAUUAAUAUCCAAGCUGAUGAACAUCAUCGCCAUCCCUCACAAAUCUGUCACCUUUGCUACUCAAAUUUGUUCCUUCCAAAACCCCAUCACCCCCCCAAUGAGUGGCCUCCCCAUCCUGAAAGAGGAACUUGCACUGUGUGUGCUAAAGUUGAUGAAGUGAAAACUGGACGGCCUGCAGCCAAGUAUGCCAGACUGGAACGACUCGAUACAGAUGAGGCAACAGCCAAAGAAGUAGUUUCUCAGCACUUCAACACUUUGGCUGAGACAACCACAAUAUUUGUUCGUGACAACUUCACAACAGAUGAGUCAUCGAUAUGUUGUCAAAUUUGCAGCCAAAUAUUGAACAGACCGGUUGAAACACAGUGCCAUCACAUUUUCUGUUUGGACUGCUUACAAGUAGUGUUUAACCGGUCAUCAUCGUCAUCAGUACUUUGUCCAAGCUGUCACAAACAUACAAGUCUGAAGGACACCAGCCCUGUCCGAGAAUAUUUUUUAAAUAUUCUCGGAAAUGCAAAAGUCACCUGCAGAACCUGCAACCGAAGCAGUUGGCUAAAUAGUACAUCUAGCCAUGAUUGUAAGGACCCUCUGACAUCACAACAUAUAGAUGAACACAUAUUCAGAGACCUCAUCAAGAGAAAUAUGUCUGCGUCUGGAAAGUUGGGUCAGCAGGUGACAUCAACUUUGUUGAAACAACAAAUACAAAGUGAUGGAGGAACAGUUAGGCUUUCUACAGGUGGAAAGGCAAUGUAUGUUCAACGCAUAACUCAUCCGAGAAAGUCGAGCGAUGACGUUUCAAAACGAACACUCUUUCGGCGAACAAAACUUGUGAAAGAUAAACUCCAAGAAGUCAGUGGGAACAAGGCUACGGAACAACUAAGCCACAUGCUCAGAACAGCUACAAGGCACGAUCUUCAGCAUCUGUUAAAGAAGAUCAAAUUCACCACAUAUAUUCCACCUCUAGAGGAACUGGCUCUAAAAUCUGACAUAAGUCUGUCAUGGGCUGCCCUUCGUGAACUCAAGCUGUGGUUGAGACAGUACAAUAUUAUUAUGGCCAACGAACAGACAACCCGAAAAGUCAGCCAAAUGUCUGUUGGACAAGACAUCUUGGAGGGAGAGAGACUGCCCUUUGUUGCGAAUGAUCACGGAAGCCUUGUCAGCAAGCCCGCUCCCUGUGUCUUCAUUACAGACUUGAAGAAAUACGUCUUGGGUCUGUUGGAUGAUUAUGAAAGAUGUGGAAAGUUGCAAUGGACGGAAGGGAUGCCAAAAGAGGAGAUCUGGUUGAAGCUAGGAGGGGAUAAGGGGGGCGGGAGUUUCAAGAUGAUGCUAGAAGUCGCCAACAUAGCCAACCCUAACUCACGCCGUGACACAAGUGUCAUUUGUGUCUACGAAUCAUCGGACACUGCCCCAAAUCUUCAUAUCGCACUUGAAAAGUACAAAGAACAAGUGGAGUCAAUAUCUAAUACAUCAUGGAGGGGAAAGAAGCUCGUUGUGUUCCUCUUUGGAGAUUACGAGUUUUUAUGCAGGAUGUACGGUUUAUCAGGACCAAGUGGUCGUCACCCCUGCUUGUGGUGUUGUAUCACUAGUAAAGAUAUGGCUCUCCCAAAGGCCAGUAGACCACCUAGCGAUGAACGUACUCUACAGAAGAUCUCCAAUGACUACAAACGAUUCACAGACGCUGGCAGCCUACUCAAGAAUGCCAAGAACUGCAACAAUGUCAUCGGCAAGGUGUUCUUCGACAUACCAACCACUUUUGUCUGUCCACCAUCACUGCACAUAAGCCUUGGUGUAUGGUUCAAGCUAUUCACUCUCUUCGAAGAAGAAUGCAACGGACUGUUGGAAAAUAUUGUUGAGGCACUGGCAGAGAGUCCCCAGACAGUACCCUCCUUAGCCAAUGGACCAUUCCCAUUGUACGUGGCCAAGCGCUGUGAGGUUGUUACAGCAAAGAACAGGGCUCAAGAAAUAGCAACUGAGAUUGAUGAGCUAAGAGAACAAAUGGCAGUGGUAAUGUUGAUCGGUGAAGAUGUUGAUGUAAAUGAGGUGAUGACCGACACAACAGAUCAAAUCAAGACACUGCAAGAGGAAUUGGAUAGACAGGAAGCAAUAGCAGCUGCCAACAUCAAACAACUACCCUCCGAGCAAAACCCACUACUAAUCAAACUGGAAGAGACACUUCAAGAAAUCAAAGUCAGGCGGCAAGCUUAUUAUUCAAACACAUUCAUUGGCAAUCAUGUGCACAAAUGCCUAAAGGAGGUGAACAUCCACAAACUAACAUCGGUGAUCACUGAUGAAACCUCUCGGAUUUGUCCAGCUAAAAUGAAUGAAGCAAAAUGCGUUGCAAACAAGUUUGCAUCAAUCUUCCAUCUAUUUUCACAAUGUCACAACGUGUACAAUGCGAGCAGAUAUCUCAGUGAAACAGAAAUUACAAAGCUUGAUGAAAAUGUUCGUGACUUUCUGCAUUUCUUCCGCUGUAACUUCCCUUCAAAGUCAAUCCCACCCAAAAUGCACAUGAUGGAAGAUCACAUCAUACCAUUCAUCAGACGUACUAAACACGGCAUGGGUCUGCUGUGUGAACAAGGAGGAGAAUCCAUGCACGCUGUAUUCAACAUCUUGGAGAGACGGUUUGGUGGCACACGCAACACGAAGAAGAAGGACCCCGAUCUUCACAAGCUGCAGUGCAUCAUGCGGGAACACCUCCUCAACGUCAACCCGUCCAUAGCAAAUCUCUGUCCACAAAGAAAGCCACGGAAACUUGCCAAAUCAUCUGCUAGCAGAAAUUAAUCCCGAUCCCAAUAUAAUUAUAUAUUCAAUAUUGGCGAUUUCAAGUAGUACUCCAAAUACAUCAACCAAGUUAUUCACUUUAAUUUAUGAUGUUACUUCCAGUAUCUCAUGAAAGUUUGUUAUUUUACUGACAAAAGUUGAACGAAAAAAUUGAAAAACUAAAGUUGUUUGCGUACCUGUGACUUGGCCACACCACCACCAUGGAUGGAGGAAUUGAAGGAAACGUACCCACACUUGAGUUUCAGAUAUUGAUAAAAAUCAUGGCACCCCCAAAAACCAAGCCAAGCCAGAAAUUGUCACAUCGUUAGUUAUUUAUGUUUGACAGUUUUACGGUUUUAUUUCUCAGUUGCCUUAUCUCAAAAAAGUCUUACGUAUCCUCUAUAUGUGAUAUGGAAUAAUCGAGUGCAUUAUUCAUCAUGGUAGACCCAUACAACUACAGUAUCUACUCAAUUACAAAUUAACCACCUGUAUUGUUUUGCCAUGUGAAGCGCCCUCCUUGUCAUGACGUGUGCUAAAAAUGGGUAUUCACAAAAUAAACAGAAGAGUGUUUUGAAAGCGUUUGCACUUUUAAUUAUUGUAUUAAUAUAUUAUUAAAUACAUAAUACUUACGUGUGAAGUCCAUUUUUCCCGGAGGAAAUUCACGUUACUUAGAUUUUGACGAUUCAAAUUGGCUAAAAAAACCAUCCCGUCACAGCCCCAGCUGAUACAAAUCCACACACACACCGCCCACGGUUUACCAUUCCAUCCACACGGCCGCAUAAAAAAACAUGGCCACUUGUAUAUUUAUUUAAGAACUAUGACCUCUUUAUCAUAAAUAUUCAUAGCUUUGGUUCGAAAGUUUAAUUAGUCCACUAGAUUUGCUGUUUUGAAUAGGGGCGUCUCUCCGAACCCUUUUCGGUUACAACCGUUGUUUUGUUUAAGAUUUUGACACAAGAGGGCGCUCUUCAAGCAGCAGAAAUCCACGCAUGCGCAAAACAAUUUGUCAGUCGGAAAUCAGCGGUGCCCCCACGGCCAGACCUCCCCAGACGCACUGAACUCCCCGUUCUUGCUCGUACGAUGUAGGAUUUUAGCGGGGCCAGUCUAGUAAUGCGAAUACUUUGUACACGAAAGAAUGUCUAGUACCCGUUUUACUAAUACUAAUAGUGCAUGUGAUUCUGUAGUCGUGUG